AUGGAAUUUCAGCAGCGGCUUUUAAUUGUUUCAUCGGUUGAAGAGAAACCAUAUGUGAUGAGGAGAUCACGUCCAAAUGGAGACACUGAGUAUGAAGGAUUCUGUGUGGAUUUGCUAGAUCGACUUGCUGAGAGGCUCGAUUUUGAUUACAAAAUUCAAAUUGUUAGUGACGCGAAGUAUGGAGAGCCGAUCAAUGGCACAAAGCACUGGAAUGGGAUUAUCGGUGAAAUACUGCGAGGCGAAGUAGAUAUGGCCGUGGCGCCGAUCACUGUCACUGCUGGUCGGCUUGAGGUUGUUGAUUUCACGGAUCCAUUCCUACAGCUGGGUAUAUCGAUGCUAAUGCGACAACCAGAUCGCCGUGCGUCUUCCUCGUUAACAUCAUUUUUGUGGCCGCUCAGUGGCUCAAUCUGGCUUUAUUCCGCAUUUGCGGCCAUUGGAACAGCACUAUCCGUGAUCGUUGUUUCUAUACUGAGCCCGUCCGAAUCAAUCGCUGAGUUCAACGUGAUAAACAGCUUCUGGUACUUGAUAUGCAUAUUGCUACGAGCUGGGUCUGGAUAUAACUGCCAGUCUGCGUCAAACCGUUUGAUUAGCGCAGUUUGGUGGUUAUUUACACUUGUGCUUAUAGCGCAAUAUACAGCAAACUUCGCUGCUGUACUAACCUCAUUUGAAGAACUUGGAAAUCAAACAGAGUACGCUUUUGGAUCCAUUUUGGGUGGUUCAACAAUGCAGUUUUUCAAGUACUCGCGUUUGGACACAUUUCGACGAAUAUGGGAGCGCAUGGCUAAUACAACUCCAUCUGUGUUUGUGACUACGAACAGCGAAGGCGUCCAACGUGUUCUCAGUGAACGGUACGUUUUCCUGAUGGAAUCGUCUUCGCUGGAAUAUCAGCUGGCGCAAAACUGCAAUCUAUCCCGAGUCGGUACCGUUGUUCUUGGCUCCAAUGGUUACAGCAUAGCAUUACCGAAAGGCUCUAAAUGGAGAGAAAAGCUCACGAGGCAGAUAUUGGACUUCCACGAAAAAGGAAUAAUAAUGCUGCUGAAAAAUAAGUGGUGGAAAAAAGCAUCGCACGUUGAAGACUGCGAGGAGCCCGUGGAAAUGCACAAAGCAUUGGGCAUGGAGAAGGUUUCCGGACUAUUUGUUUUGCUGGGCUGUGGCAUUUGCUCUGCUGUUUUAUUUUCGUUUUCUGAGAAAUUAUUGUUUGCUGUAAAAGUGAUGCGAGUUUACAAGAAGAGAUAA